CAGUGAGUCACGGAGCUGCAACAGCAAGCAAGCAUCGUCAGGAGUGGCCAUAUCUGAGCUUUGGUACCUCAGGAUUUGAUGGACGCUUGCAAUGGAUGAAAGCAGAGCAAGUCUUGAGGAUCAAGAAGAAUAUGAUAUGAUGAUCAAUCUGAGAUCUAAAAGUGAGAAGCAAGGUUAUGAUUAUUACAAUAAGUACGCGAAAGGAAAAGGUUUUAGCAUACGGAAGGAUUAUAUUAGACGACAUUGUUUGAGCAAAGAAGUGUUCCAUAGGCGGUACACAUGCUCUAGGCAAGGUUAUAGAAAAGACAUGUAUAUGGAUCCAAAUAAAAGAAGUAGACAGCCACGAGCAUUCACUAGGUGUGGUUGUGAUGCUCAACUUGAGAUCAAACUAGACAAGGAGAGGGGUGACUGGUAUGUACUAGAGUUUGUGUCUAAGCAUAGCCACCCAAUGUGUAAACCUGAUGAAGUUGCUUUCCUUCGCUCACUCCGAAGAUUGACCGAAGCACAAAAGGCUAAUGUCAUGGGAUUGAAAGAUGUAGGUUUGCAGCAGCAUCAAGUGAUGGAUGUAAUGGAGAGAGACCAUGGUGGUUAUGAAGCAACAGGUUUUACAUCAAGGGAUCUGUACAAUUUUUUUGUUAGGCAAAGGAAGAAACGGAUUCAAGAAGGAGAUGCGGAACAUGUUAUCAAGUACAUGCAUGCACGGCAAAAAGAUGAUAUGGAUUUUUUUUUUUGAGUAUGAGAAAGAUAAUGGUGGUUGUCUGAAAAGGCUUUUUUGGACUGAUGCACAAUCAAGAAUUGAUUAUGAUGCGUUUGGUGAAGUUGUAGUUUUUGAUAGCACAUACCGUGUUAACAAAUAUAACCUUCCUUUCAUUCCUUUUGUUGGUGUUAACCACCAUGGAUCUACAAUCAUAUUUGCAUGUGCUAUUGUUUCAGAUGAGAAGGUUAUGACAUAUGAAUGGAUACUAAGGCAAUUUCUCAAUUGCAUGUGCCAAAAACAUCCCAAGUCAUUGAUCACAUAUGGAGACAAUUUAAUGCGAAGAGCAAUCCAAAGUAUAAUGCCCAAUUCAGAUCAUCGGUUGUGCACAUGGCACAUUGAGCAAAAUAUGGCACGGCAUCUCAGUCCAGAUAUGUUAUCAGAUUUUAGAGCACUAGUUCAUGCACCAAUGGAUGAACUAGAAUUUGAUGUGAAGUAGGGGGAGUUUAAGGCCAAUCAUAAGGUUUCAGACGACCACAAGUGGCUAAUGAGGAUGUAUAAUCUUAGAAAGAAAUGGGCUGCUGCCUUCUUAAAUGGUAGAGUUUUUCUAGGUAUGAAAAGCAAUCAACGAAGUGAGAGCUUGAACUCAAAACUUCAUCGGUUUUUGGAUCGUAAGAUGAGUCUAGUAGUGUUGGUUGAACACUAUGAGCAUUGCUUGUCACGUAUGCGUCACCAGGAGGCUGAAUUAGAUGCGAAGGCUUCACAAUCCUUACCUUUCACGGAUAAUGAUGCUAGCCCCAUUGAGAAAGACGCAGCAUGUGUAUUCACACCAAGAGCUUUCAAGAAGGUGAAGAUGGAGAUUUAUAAAGUGAUGGACUGGGAAUUCAUUGAUAUUAUAGACGAGGACAUUUGUGUGAGGUAUGUUCUUUCUUUGAAGCAAACUGAAAAAAUUAUUAUCGUCAAGUGCUUGUAUGAGGAAGCAUCCUUAGUUAGUGUUGUCUGCCCAUGUCGGAAAAUGGAGUGUGAAUCUAUACCAUGUGAGCAUAUCUUCUCAGUUAUCCAUUUCUUAAAUCUAGAAAGGAUUCCAGAGUGUUGCAUAGUUCCUAGGUGGACAUUGAGAGCGAAGUAUGCAUUUCCUUCAGAUAGGUAUGGGGAAGUAUAUACUUGGUCCGAGCAGAUGGAACGAUAUAGACAGCUGCAUACAUUUGGUAGCGAAGCAUUUUUCAAAUGCUCGAUGUCUGAAGAAAGAACAUUGAAGGUGAUGAAAUUCCUGCAGAGUUUGAUCCAUGAGGAUGAAACUAGUGCUUCAAUUGAUAUGGAAAGUCAGUAUGGUCAUGUCAUUGGGCAAAGUUCACGAUCUAACAUUGGUUAUACUGAUCAUGUACAUGAUCCUAUAGAAGUAAUUCCUAAAGGUGCCCCUACUAGAAGAAUGAGAGGAUUCUUAGAAAAAAGAGAAAGGAAAUGUGGAUAUUGUCGUGUUCGUAGUCAUACUAUCCGAACGUGUUCUAUUUAUCUAAGGUGGCUCAAGAUGUGUGAUUUGGCCAUAGGAUUGAAGAAUCUGGCAGAGAUGUGUUGUUGGAAGCACUGUUCGUUGACAGUGUGCCUGUAUGGUUUCUUAUUUUCAGCUGGCUGUAAACUAAAGUGUUGGUUUCAUUCAUUGCGAAGACCCUUUAUAUAUUGCUUGUUGUAUGCAUAUUUUAUCACUCUAUGAUGGUGAUUUGUAAACACCGAUUUAACCAAUAUUACAG